AUGGGUUCGCUCUAUGUUUGCCUCGUCUCAUGGGUAUUCAUCGCCCAGCUCAUCAGUUCCGAAACAACCAGGUCAACUGAUGUGGCCUCCGCGACUGCGCCGUGCGCCCGCGUCUCCGCCCUUUGGGCGGCGCAAAAGUCGACAUCUCCUCAUGCGACUCCUACGGUGGCUGCCGAGAUCGCGCACGAAUGCCUGAAGUCGGUACCGCUGGGCAAAGAUGCCGCCGUCGAGUUGGUUGAUGCUAUGGCGCCUUAUUUGAGCUGGCAGAGUGAUGCGGCGUAUAAGGCAAACCCUCCUGCGAGCUACCCAUUCCCAGGCUACGACAUUUUUGCCAACCUUGCCAAGAUCAAGGCCGACCUGCAAGCGGACAAAUAUGACGGCGAGUACAGUUUUCAGCUCGAUUUGUACCUCAACAUCAUUGCAAAGGGCCACGACGGCCAUCUUCUCUUCUACCCAGAUGCUCUCAGCAGGGUGUUUUCUUUUGAACGUCCAAAAUCUCUUGUGUCAAUCAGUGAAGACGGCGUAAGCCUUCCUGUCGUGAAAUUUUAUGGUAGGCUGCGCCUCGUGGAUUGCGCACACACGAUUGACUUACCAGUUCUAACUGUGAGAUUAUUAGAGGACGUUGUCGCCAACGCGGACGCAGCCAGCAGCAUCACCCACAUAAACGGCAUUGACGCAGCUACUUAUGUCGAUGAAUUCGGUUCCCAGGCUGUGGGCUAUCAAGACAAGGAUGCCAUCUUUAAUUCGAUGUUUUUCUCCCUCGCAGCUCAUGCUGUCCAUCACCGGACCGGUUAUUUUGCGAAAGGCGGCCGCACUCGUUACCUCUAUCCAGGUCCCAGCACUGUGUUUACUUUGGCAAACAAGAGCCAAAUAGUCAUUCAGAACCUCGCUUCCAUUACAGCCGACAUGACGGGCGUUGUCGAUGGCGAGUCAUUCUAUGCUAAGUUCUGCAAUCCGAACGGCGCCAUGAAGGAUAACGCUCGCAUCACCCCCCGGUCAAUGACUACCAAAAGUACAGCGUCAAGCCGUUCCGACCCAACUAUGUUAGGAUACCCUCCUGCGCUGGCAAGCACGAGAGACAAAGUUGCCUCGUGCUAUUUCCUUGAAGGCGAGGGUUUUGAUGAUGUCGUCGUCAUUUCCUUGCUCGACAUGAUCACAGUCUCCAUGUCCGAUUACCAAGCUGUGAUUCAGAGGUGCAUCAAGGAUGCUGUUGGCGCGGGCAAGUCUAAACUCGUCGUCGAUCUCCAAGCCAAUGAUGGUGGGUAUGUGGUUUUGGGAUAUGACUUCUUCCGUCAGCUUUUUCCUGAUAUAAUCGGAAAUGCGCUAUCUCGCUGGAAAGAGAGCGACGGAUUCUUGGCUGCGGUAGAGGUUGUAGAUGACCAACUAUCUGGCUUCAACCCUUCUUCCAGUAACGAUUCGACCCUACUAAGAGAGUGGGAAUCGCCUUUCAACUAUCAAGCAGACUACAACAUGAGCGGAAAACCAUUCGCCAGCUUUGAAGACAAAUUUCGACCGCAUGUAUACCAAAACACAAACUACACGAACCUCAUGAGGUGGAAUUUCGAUGAGAAUGUACGCACAGGAAACAACAGCCUUGGCGCCAAUAUCGAAGUUACUGGGUAUGGGUCUCGAUUUAAUAGCACGCAACCUUUUCUCGCCGAGAAUAUUAUCCUCCUCUACGAUGGCGUGUGCGCCUCCAUCUGCAGCAUCUUGUCAGAGAUGCUUCGUACUCAGGCAGGUGUUAAGUCGGUCGUGAUGGGCGGACGCCCCAUUCCAGGCCCUAUCCAAGGGGUAGGCGGUAUCAAGGGCGCGCAGAGCCUUCGUUGGCAAGAAAUACACAGCUACAUGGCGCGUUACCUGCGCCUUGCCAAGAAUGAUCACCAGGCAGCUAUCUUCUCCAAAUACUCGACAUUGCCACUUAACAGAUCCACUGCUGCUAUGAUCAACGUGCGAGAUGCGAUUACGUGGGACCAUGUCGAUGACGGCCUGCCGGCACAAUACGUUGUUCAUCACGCUGACUGCCGGCUGUAUUGGACGGCUCCCAUGAUCACCGACGUGACGACAGUGUGGAAAGCAGCCGCUGAUGUGGCCUUCAACACCGCUGCAUGUGUAGCUGGCAAUCUGAGUCCAACACUCCCUGACAGUCCAGAGCCAACUAGAAACGCUUUUCUCAAUCUGCUGUUACAGAUAUCGUUAUUCUUCACGUCGUACAUUAUAUAG